CGCGCUCCCGUCAAAAUCAGGCCACCGCCGCCGAAGAAGGUGGUGAAAAAAGUCAAUAAAAGAAGUGUGAAAAAGUCGUGAAAAAAAGGUUCAAUCUCGUGUCACGAAGCCAUGAAGCCCACCCGGAAUUGGUGGACGCUGCUCGCCCUAGCGGGUCUGCUGCAGGCGGUUUGCGGCCUUUACGAGGACCAGAUCGGGAAGUUUGAUUGGCGGCAGCACUACGUUGGGAAGUUAGCCUUUGGGGCAUUCGAUUCGAGCUCGCUGGACCGGAUCAUCGUGGCCACGGAGAGUAACGUGCUGGCGGCUAUCAGCGCCAAGUCGGGGGACAUUUUGUGGCGGCAGGUGCUGGAGACGGGUCCCCGGGGGGACAUUAAGCUGCUGCAUGUGCCGAGCCAGGGAAACGGGGUGGUUCAGCAGAGUGGCGGGAGGUACAACCGGGCCUUUGAUGUGAUUACGGUGACCGGGGUGAAUCCGGCGAUGGUUCGCGGCUGGAACUCCAACACCGGAACGCUCGAGUGGGAAUGGUCGCUGGUUCCGGUGAAUCCGGACCGUGCGGAAGGCGCGGUUUGGUUCCUGCAUGAGGGAACUCUGUACCAGGUCGUUCCCGUUGCGGGAUCGCACCUGGAACUGACCGGCUAUGUGGCCACGACGGGUCAGCAAACCCGCGCGGCCACCACCCGCAUCACGGCCGCCUGGAUCAAGGACGGCCGCUGCACCCUGUCCGGAUCGUUCUACGCGUGCGCCAUCGACGAACAACUCCUCGCGAUCGACCUGCUCGCGGAAAACCCACAAAUAAUAGUCAAACCCCUCGAAGCACCCGCCUCCUCCGUCCCAAAACCCCUCCCCGGCACCCCCGCCAUCAUCCAGGACAACCGCCUCUACUCCCUCACCUCCGACCACAAAACCCAGCUCUCCCCCGAAGACUCGCUCCUCGUCGACGACUCCGUCCUCGAAGGCGAGCCCUUGCUCCUGCACGCCACCACCAACCGCCCCAAAAACACCCUCGCCCUGACCGCCCAAAAACUCCGCGACAACACCCCGUACGAAGCACUGGACUUCUCCGCCGAAUAUCCGGAAACGCUCGGCGCGCCCCAACUCGUCGCGAUCCGCUGCAAAACGUCGGCCGGCGGUGGCAAACAGCUGGCCUGUCGGGUGUUGAUUGCGAGAGAGGACGGUGCGAUUACGCUGGUGCAGCAGGGCAAGAUCAAGUGGACCCGAGAGGAGGCGCUGGCCGAUGUGGAGACGGCGGACUUUUUGGAUUUGACGCUGUCCGAUGCGGAGGGAGCGAUCGAGGAGGAGUUGAACAAUAAGAAUGAGGACAGUGGUUUGAAAUGGGACGUCUUCGGCGCGAUGCAACGCCGCAUCAGCAACCAGAUCGCCCACGUCAAAAACCUUGUGCUGCACGUGCUCGGCCUGGGUCCGGCCCCAUCCAAAGCCCAACGUGCCGGUCUGGUGCGGGACGAUUUCGGUCUGCACAAGAUGCUGGUGGUGGUGACCGCCAGUGGAAAGGUGUUUGGAAUUGACAACGUCAGCGGAAAGCAACACUGGGUGCGAUACCUGCCGGAGAUGACCGGCUUUGGAAAUGCUCAACCGAUGAAGCUGAUGGUUCAGCGGACGUCCCGCUUUUACCCGCUGACGGCGCAGUGUGUCGUUUUGGGACGUCACAAGGAGACCAAGAACGGACUGUUGUACCAGUUUAACCCGAUUACCGGCCAACCGAUCAAUGAUGGCCUCGUCCAGCUGUCGUACAAGAUCCGCCAGGCGUCGCUGCUGCACGAAACCGGUCCCGACUUCCUGAGAGGACUUCUGCUGCUCGACGAACAGAACGAAGCGCACGCCCUGCCCGAAAGUACGGCCAAGUUCGUAAACGCGUUCUAUCUGUUCAGCGCGGAUCGCGAAACGGCGACGAUUCGAGGAUUCCUGGUGGAGUUCAGCAACGGGCGGCUGACGACCACCCCCACGUGGACGGUUAAUCUCGGCGGACCGGGCAAGGGCCAGCAGCAGAUUGUCGCGAUCGAGGGUAAGAACCCGAUCGAGCACGUCCACUCGCAGGGUCGCGUCCUCGCGGACCGUUCCGUGCUGUACAAGUACAUCAACCCGAACCUGAUUGCGGUGGCCACCCACGGCCCGGACAACAUUCACAAGUACAUCCUGAACGUGCACCUGCUGGACGUCGUGUCCGGUUCUAUCGUGUUUUCCAUGUCCCACAAGCGGGUCCGGCCGCCGCUGCACAUGGUUCACUCGGAGAACUGGCUCGUGUAUACGUACUACAACGAUAAAGUGCGCCGCACGGAACUCGCCUCUCUCGAACUGUACGAGGGCAAAACACAGGCCAACAGCACGGUCUGGAGCUCGCUCGACGCACCCCCGCUGCCGCUGGUCGAACGCCAGUCCUACAUCCUGCCGGUGGCCGUGUCCGCGCUGAAGGAAACCAUCACUGAGAAGGGCAUCACCAGCAAGCAUCUUCUGAUUGGUCUCACGACCGGUGCCGUCGCCGAAAUGACCUGGGCUCUGCUCGAUCCGCGACGUCCCGUCACCUCGCCCGAAAAAGCCCGCGAGGAAGGCAUCAUCCCGUACAUGCCGGAACUCCCGCUCCCGCACGAGAUCAUCGUCAACUACAACCAAACGGUGGCCAACAUGCGCGGCAUUCACACCGCCCCAUCUGGCCUCGAGAGUUCCUGUCUGGUGUUUGUCCACGGGUUGGACAUUUUCGUGACUCGCGUUGCGCCCUCGAAAACGUUCGAUCUGCUCAAGGAAGACUUUGACUACCUAAUGAUCACGACCGUGCUGGUGCUGCUGACGAGCGUUUCGUACGUCGUGAAACACUUUGCCUCCAAGAAGGCCAUCAAACAGGCGUGGAAGUAAGAAGGGCGUCGGGUCGGGUGUAAGUUUAGCGUAAUUUAAAAAAAAGUGAAACGUGAAUAUUUCCAUAGCGAAGGCAUUUCUAUUCUGUUGAGUUGUGUACUUUUUCCUUAAGGUUAAACAUACGGGCGGUGUUUGAGUUUUGUUUUGUUUAGAAUAAUUAAUUGUUCAUCCCACCUCCACCCACCAACCAACCGAACCUCCACCAUUUUCACUGUAGUAGGAGCUCUUUUUAAUUUUCCCCCGAUCUCACAAGUCAUCACACACACACAUCGAGGAUGAGCGAAAUCUGAAACGGCUCUUGGAUCGGCAAGAGAAUCUUAACAAUGAAGGAAAAAAGAAAAAGCAAGUGGAGUUCGAAUGACGCAGCUAGGAAGUUGUUUUUAGAGAAGAAUGAAUUUGACCAAAAAUACAACACACACACAUUCACAAUUGGGUAUCCCCUCUUUCGUGGGGAUCUUCACAUUCUGAAGAAAA